GCGCAAUCUGCUGCACUCGCGCUCUCCUGUAAUCGAAAUUACAAAGCUUCUUUUUUCCCUUCUUCUUUACUGUUUCGUUGCGUCUUGCUGCGAUAGUGAGUUUUUAUACAGUGCUUUUCUUCAGCUGGUUGCGACAGAGAUACGUUUUGGCGUUCAAAUUGUAGAUAUACCGCGUCUGCACAACAAGUUCUAUACGCUUAGGCAAUUUCCCAUUUAAUAGACUCCGCGUGAGUACAACAGGCCUAUUUAAAGAACUUCCGAGAAAACAAUGCCGAUCAAGUAUAGCUGUGUGAACGAUGAGACUACGCUGCUCGCGGAAUACCCGGCAGGGGAGCAGCCGAAGUUCGCCGAGACGAUGCAGAAGGUCAUCGCAACGGUGCCGCCGAGGGAGUACCGCCGCAAGACGAUCGAGGACAAGGAUGGCGGUGUCAACUACAACUACAUCAGCAACGGCGAGGGCCGAAUUGUCGCCUGCGUGACGACGAGCGACAUGCGCAUGCGUACGGUCUACGCAUUUCUGGAGGCGGUGGAACCACUGGUGCGCGGCAGCGCCGGUCCACAGGGAGCAGAGCUGCGCAACGGCAAGAAGCUGCUGCAGCAGAAGAUGGAGUUCUACAACAACCCACAGAACGAUAAGAUCACUGCGCUGAAUGAUGACAUCAAUCAGGUCGUCGACGUUAUGAUGGACAACAUGGAUAAAGUGCUAGCGCGCGGCGACCGCAUUGAUACGCUGCAGGAAAAGUCAUCCACACUCGCGGAUCAGGCGCAGCAGUUUCAGCAGCGCUCCACCGAGCUGAAGCGCAACUUGUGCCUGAAAAAUCUGAAGCUAACGCUCAUGAUUGCCGCUGUGGUGGUUGUGGUUAUUAUCAUCAUUCUACUGAUUGCCUGCAAACCGAACUUCUCGCGUUGCCGUUGA